AUGAUCAAAUUCGGUUCGGGUAGCUACAGCGUUCGGGAAUCGGAAGGACUGAAUCCGCAAAGCUUGACAUUCCCGGUCCGUACAAUUUCUUGCAUCGUCACAUUCCUCGAUAACACUGAACGAAGAUUCGAAAUUGAACGUCAUGCUAAGGGACAAGCAUUACUCAACAUGGUAUUUGAUCAUCUUGAACUGGUCGAGAAGGAUUACUUCGGAUUGCAAUACAUAUCUGCUCUUGAAACAAGCCAGACUGGUGUGAAGAAAUGGCUUGAUCCCACAAAAUCGAUUAGGAAACAAUUAUUUUAUCCUCCUUAUCAGUUGCAUUUUCGCCUCAAAUUUUAUGUUAGUGAUCCGUCAAAGUUAGUGGAAGAAUAUACAAGAUACCACGUCUUUCUUCAGCUCAAAAAAGAUUUGUUAGAGGGUCGGCUAAUUUGUCCUGAGAGUACUGCUGCAAUGCUUGCCAGUUAUGCUGCCCAAUCAGAAUUUGGUGACUACAGUAAAGAGGAGCAUGGCACCACAUAUCUUAACGAAUUUAAAUUUAUACCUGAACAAAAUACUACCCUAAUUAAAAAUGUAACCGAAUUGCAUAAGCUUCACAAAGGGCAAAGUCCAGCUGAAGCAGAAUCUAAUUUCUUGAAGCAUGCCAAAGAUCUCGAUCUAUACGGUAUCGAUCUCUAUCCAGCUAAGGAAAGUAAUGGUGGAAUGAUUGGAGUUGGUGUAAGCAAUAGCGGUGUGGUGCUUGUGCGAUGUAAUCGUCGUGAAUCGAUCUAUCCCUGGUCGGCCAUUAUGAAGCUGUCAUUUAAGAAGAAGCUAUUUAGCAUACAUAUGCGCGCAAUCAAAAAUGAUAACAUGGAAGAAGAUACAGUGGUCAUUUUCAAUAUCCAAAAUCCGGAAAGUUGUAAAGCAUUAUGGAAGAGUUGCAUCGAACAUCAUACAUUCUUUCGACUUAUCGCUCCACCGGCACCACCACCAAAAUCAUUUUUUAGCAUUGGAAGUCGAUUUCGCUAUAGUGGGCGAACAGAAUAUCAAAGUAUGGAAGAAAUGAGAAGACGUGCUCGUGUAGAACGCACAUUUUUAAGGCAUUCAAAUCGAGAAUCGCAGAGUACGAUGAAUGGUAGCUCAUCAAGCUCUCGAGAUUAUGCUUCAUCUCAUAGGAUCAAUUCACCGAUUAUUGUAUCCCGGAUUUUCUGCCGCUCGCAAAUUUACCUACGAAAAUGGCUCGGUAGACGCCUUCGAGGUGUAUCACCAACAUCAUCCUCCAUCACGACGACCGCCAAUACUACUGGAGCAGGGGCGGCUGUGACAUCUAUCGAAACGCCUGAUAAUCCGCAGCAGAUCACAACUGGCUCUAUCUCACCAUGCUCAACUUUAUCACCGAUGUCAUCGGUGGCUGCUUCAAAUAGCAUUUCAAAUUUUCAGCAAUCUGAAACAUCGUGUGAUACUGUUACUGUACAAGAGAAAAGUGUUGAUAACAAUGCUGAUAACAGUAACAAAACGGAUAGCAAAAUCAGUAACUCAAACAUUAUUGAGCAAAGGUAA